AUGGACGCCGUCGACGUCUCGGAGCACUACGAGGUCAGCUCCCACGAAGAUACACCCUCUCUCCUUUCCAUCAUCCUCGACACGAAUCCACGAGCCUGGUCGUCCAUCAGCAACGUCUUACCGUUGUCGCGUGCCAUCGCAAACAUCCUCGUCUUUGUCAACGCACAUCUCGCUUUCAGUAACGCAAACCAAGUCGCCCUUAUCGCCGCCCACGUCGAUCGCGCACAAUGGCUAUACCCAACACCACCCAAGCCCUCACGCGACGCUUCAGGUGAUGUAGCUAUGAGUGACGCCUCCCAAACGCAGACGUCGGCCAAUAAACUUCCCUCCUUUGCGCAGAUUGAAGCUGCUGUGUUAGCCGGACUUCGAAAGCUCAUGGAUCAGACAAAAGAAGCAGAUCUUUCUUCUCAAACACCACAAAUAUCUGGAGCUUUAACACUGGCUCUAUGUCAUAUCAACAAAGCCGUGCAGGCUCUUUGUUCACCUACGGCCAACCUCGAGGACAGUCACAAGGGGUCCGCCAACACCGCUCCUCCGACCGUCCGCGGCCGCAUUCUCGUUAUAUCUGUCUCAGACUCGGAACCUUCGCAGUACAUCCCUACCAUGAACUCCGUCUUUGCUGCUGCCCACACGCAGGUCAUCAUUGACACCCUUGCACUUACCGGUGAACCGACUUUCUUGCAACAAGCCUGCUAUAACACUGGCGGCACAUACUUGGCUGCCAAACAUCCCGAGGGAUUACUGAACUACCUCAUGUUUGGUCUCAUUGCUGACACAGAAGCUCGCGAGGCGCUUAUCGCUCCAACGCAUGACACAGUCGACUUUCGCGCCGCCUGCUUCUGCCACGGUCGUGUUGUCGAUACUGGCUUUGUCUGCUCGAUCUGUCUCAGCAUAUUUUGCGAGACACCAGAGAACUCAGAGUGUUUUACGUGCGGUACGAAGCUAUCUUUAGGUAAUUAUGGCGCUAAGCCCGCUGUCGUACCUCGUAAGAAGAAGAAGAAGCGGAAAAUUGUCAACGGAGGCUCGCGAGAGGAAACAGGGAGUGCGACAGGGACGCCUCGUCCAUAA